AGGAAAUACUCACCGCCGUCAAAGUAGUUACGGCGAGAGACGGGGAGGGAGCAGAACGUGCGGAGCUGAGUCCAGGCGGUCCACAACAACAGAACGGAUCGAUUUCCACAUUCAGCCGUGCCGAACCCUCGUCCUCCGGCAGAGAUGGCCGCCAGCGCCGCAGCUCCGUCUCACCUGCCUCCGGUCAGGAACGUGGUGGUGUUCAGGAACGGAGACCCCUUCUACGGCGGGCGGCGCUUCGUGGUCAACCAGCGUCAGGUGGCCACCAUGGAGGCCUUCCUGAACGAGGUGACCCAGAGCAUCGGGGCCCCGCUGGCUGUGCGGACCCUGUACACGCCCAGGCGGGGCCACCGGGUCACCGACCUCCAGGACCUGAAGGCGGGAGCGCAGUACGUCGCCGCCGGCUUUGAGAGGUUCAAGAAACUGGAUUAUCUGCAUGCAGGAUUAAAAAGGCAGCCUGGGAAUCGUAACGACGCACAGGCAAAAGUCAUCCAGAGACCCAACGUUUCAGCCAAAUGGAGGAAGUUUAUUCCUGUUCCUUGCAUUAUACACGUAUUCCGUAAUGGAGAUCUUCUGUGUCCACCGUUCCGGUUCAUCAUUCCUCGGAGCAUGCAGCAGGACCUGGAUCAGGUCCUGAGUCUGAUCACCGAGAAGGUCAGCUUACGGACCGGAGCAGUGCGCAGACUUUGCUCCCUGGAUGGAGUCUCCGUCUCCUCGGCCGCGGAGCUGCAGACCGGCCGCUGCUAUGUUGCUGUGGGAACCGAGAGGUUCAAGAAACUUCCCUAUGUGGAGCUGCUGGUCUCAAAAGCUGCAGAGAGACAUUACCCUGAAAAGAGGAGAUUGUUAAGAAGAACUGAGAACAAGAAACCAGGGCAUGGUCCUGAGGACCGGUACAGCGACUCGGCUCUUCUCGAUUCUCCAGAGUCAGACGGUCGGAGGGUGAAGUCGACAGGUGAUGAAGCUGCAGCUCCUCGAGCCUCACAGCAGCCGAGCAGAGGAGGAAGAGGAGCAGAUGAGGGCUCCGCGUUCUUCGCCAGGCCCGUCAAAGUUCGCAAGAACAGAACGCAAACCAAACCGGCGCUCACCAACGGACCUGGUAAGCCAAGUGCAUUUAAAGGGGAAGAACAGACGAACAGAGAGGAGGUCCAGGGUGCAGAGGAGGUGCAGGAGGAUGAGAAUACGGCUACAGAGCUUCCUGUUGAUCAGAGAGUUGCAGAAACAGUCGAAGACGAAGACUUAAGCAACACAGAGCAUCCUGAGCAGAGCCCUCAGCAGACACAUGCAGAGAAGAGCGAGCAGCACAACAUCCAGCCCCAUCAACAGGAACCCAGUGGAAAGCCGGUAGAGAAUGUGAGAGCGUCUGAACAGAAACAGGAGUCAGCAGCUCAGAUCCUGGAGGCUGAGCGGAAGCCGACGUCUUUAAAGUCGAGUUCAUCGCCGGCCACCUCAGAGGGAAAGAUCAGGGAAGAGCAGGAGAGCCGGCAGGACGCCUCAUCGCUUCGACUUGGACAGAACCAGCCGGUCACACUAUAAUGGUGCCACCGAUGCUCGCUUCCACACUCCAGCUAAAUUAGUAGUAGCAUCUAAACUGUGAUAUUGAGACAUUUUUGUCUAUUUUUUAUUUUUUAAUCAAAAGAAAUUUUGAAACACAAUCCAAUGUGAUGUCUGUUGUAACAUGCAGGUGUUAUUUAAACUGUUGAUCCUGUUUAACGGGAGUAACUCUGAUGGUGACAGUGUGUAGAUGUUGAAAGCUGCAAUUUAUUUCACCUAGUUAGAUAAGGAAUCAUAUAUUAGAACGAUUUAGUCUUAUGCAGCUUAUUUUGAAAUUAGAACAGAAAAUAAUCCAUAAAGAGCUGUUUUGUCAAUGGUUCACUCCAUCGGUGUCCAUGCUGGUCCUCUUUCCUCCGUCUAAGCAUUUUUAGAUGAUUUGGCCGCGGGGCCAGAUUACCUAAUCGAUGGGGCCACAGAAUGGGAAAAAAAAGACUCACACUUCUGUACAAAAGAGCAAUUUAGAGUAACACAUUGACCCGGAGCAGCCGGAGAAAACCCACAAAUUCACAAGAACACGCAAACUGUGCAGCAAGAAAUAUGCGUAUUAACAUAUUUUUUAAAUAACUCCCAUUAUUAACUUCCCUCCUCACCAUACAAAACAAAUAUUGUUGAAUUCCAAGAAUUUUCCACCCUUAUAAUGCCAGUGUUAGGGAUUAAAGUCUUUUUUUGAUUUCCACAAAAAGUAGAUUUCUUCUGUUUUUUUUUUUUGUGUGUGUGUUUUGUUUGUUGUUUUUUGCAGUAGGUAUUGCCUUUUUUGAUCAAAGUCAAUAAAAAGUCAGAGAAACUUAAUUUGUUCUCCAUCCCAUUUAUGAGAAUAGGUAGAGUUGAAAUUAAUAAUAAUAAAACAAUAUUUCAAUUAUUAUUAUUAUUAGGGAAUAACAAAUUAUGAAAAAAAUUUAUUAAUUGAUAAGUGAAAUUACAGAGAUCAUUCAAACAAAGCCCUUUGAAUGGGAAUUAAUUGCAUAAAUAGAUACUGAAGGGAUAUAGAUUGCUCAAUUUUUGAAGAAAAAAAAAUUCAUCAUAAAAUAUGCAACCAGGCCAGAUUUAAUGUGAUUUAUAUGCACAGGGCCAGAGUAAUGCAAAAAUAAUUCUGGGAGACCCAGGAGGGUUCGGUAAUGCAGUGAUAAAUCUGGAUCUUCCUCCCGUCUCAGUUUGUCGGCUGUUUUUGGGACGCUUCCAAACUCUUCCUGCUGCCUCCAGGACACUGGGCCCCUUCGUCUGCAUCAGGUGUGGGUGCAGAGAGACUGGAUGUUUGAUUUCUCUUUAAAGCACAAAUUCUUAAUACUUAGAAUAUAACAGCUAACAAAUAUAGCAUUUCAUAAAUGUUACCCUCAUUGGUGUUGGUAUGUUUGCGAUGUAUUCUGUAGCCCAGCUUAUCUGUAGCCUUGCCAGCCAGACUUUGCUUUACAGCAAACUAACUUCAGCCGUGGCAAAAGUUCGUCUGGCUGGCCAGGCAAGCUUAUCUGCACAUCAUUAAGUUAUGAUCAUUAAAUGAACUAAAACAGUGACAAAGUCAUUGUGGCAGUGUCUUAAAUCCAUGAAAUGCUGUAAUAAAAAUAUAUAUUCUUUUGUA